CGCUGGUGAGGAGGAGAUGCUGUCAUCUUGGGGCAUCUGGGAUGAGAAGUAGGCUCUGGUGUAAAGAGAGCCUGGCUGGCGUAGCCCUGGAGGCCAAGGAGGAAGGGAAAGUAAAACCAUAGGGCUCCUGUGCUUGACUUACUGUAAAUUAGUCUGGUUCUCGUUAGUGGCUACUUCUGCGUACUGUGACCUGUGGAUGUAUCCAUGUGGAAGCAGGACACCCCAAAGCAUCAGUGACCGUGGGUACAUCCGUGGUGCAGCAGGAGCAGCUCUGAAGGGACUGUGUCUCAAGGAUAAGACCGUGCUAGAGAAAGUACACCUUCAAGUGUCUGUGGCUGUGCUGGAGGUCAUGCUGGAACAUCUGGAAGCUUAUGCAUUGUUUGAACAGUUGAGAGCUAGUUGUGCCUCUGCUAAGCUGUGACUGAAAAUUUCAUAAAUAUCCUGAGUUGGAAGGGACCCACAGGGAUCAYUGAUUCCAGCUCCUGGCCCUGCACAGAACACUCCAAYCAUCCUACACUCCCAACCAUCUCCAGCCUGAGAGCAUUGUCCAAAUGCUUGUUAAGCUCUGGCAGCCUGGGGCUGUGACCACCGCCCUGGGGAGCCUCUUCCAGURCCUGACCACCCUCUGGGGGAAGAACCUUUUCCUAAUAUCCAGUCUAAACCUCCCCUGAUACAUCUUCAGGCCGUUCCCUARGGUGCUGUCCCUGGUCACAGAGACGAGAUCAGUGCCUGCCUCUCUGCUGCCUCUUGUGAGGAAGCUGCACACUGCAGUGAGUUUUUCUGUCACAAAGUCUGAACAAGCCAAGUGACCUCAGCCAUUCCUCUUACGGCWUUCCAGUUAAUUCCUCCAGCUGGGUGAACAGACUUUCCAACUGUGCCUGGAUUCUGUUUUAAACUUCCAUCCGAAGUCCCCAGGAAGCAGGUAGAGCAGAAUAUGUCCCAUGGGGACAGUCACAGGGCUCCCCAAGUGGAAGGCUGGCACAGAGCAAUGAGGUGAACAAAGUGCCAGAGGUCCUGCCUCUGUCCCUGSACACCAGGCUAGCCAACCCCCUGUGAACAGAGGUCACCAGCCAAGUGCCCCAGCUCCCCGUCCAGAGUGAGCAGGGAGCUGCUGGCACCUCCAAGCAUUUCCAAGGGGGCCCUCUGUUCCUCACACUGUGGCACAAGGGGCGUUAAUGGUUGGUGCAGACCUUGGACUGCACUCCUGGCGGGUGGGGAAAUGCCAUGGGGUGCUGGCCCGUGAAAACAUAAAAGAGCAGCAUUACGUGAGACAGAAGGUAUUGCUGCCAGUCCUGCUGACUGACCCCACUCCCGGCCACAGCUGAGAAGUUUGGCCAAGYGGGAAGCUGGGCACGGACAAACCCAUCUGCUGGCAUCCACAGAAAGAUAGGUAAAACAAAGUUAUCUAAAUCACUCAGUAAAAGGAGGAGACACUUGGCAGCUUGGCAGCUGUACUAAUGAAGCCAAUAGUCUACCCUGCUUUCUCCAUUUGUCUGACUCUCAUUUUGGCCACAUUCSUUGGCAUACAUAUCAGUUUUGUGAGAAGUCAGAAGAACCACACGCUAAUUUUCACUAAGGAAAACACAAUUCGCAACUGCAGCUGUUCUGUGGCUAUCCGUGACUGCGAUUACUGCCUGGCAAACUUGAUGUGCAACUGCAAAACAGUGCUGCUUUCUACCAUGGAAAAAACUACCUACAAGAGCCACCUGACCAUCUGGUUCACAGACACCUCUGUGCUGGAGAUGCUCCUCAACUUCACAAGAGUGUGGGAUUUGAAACUGUCCUUCUGUGGCACCACUCCUCUCCCAACAGAAUAUUUGGCRAUUUGGGGACUUCGAAAACUCCGGGUAAACAAGGUCAAGGGACAAUUUCCAGAGCAGAGUGUAACCAUCUCCAGCAGCAGCAACAAUGACAAAGAAGGCUUGCUUGGGGUGCACAACAAAGAUAGGCAAAUGUUUGCACAUAUUUCUUUUCUGGAUACCUCACUUUUCAAUGGAUAUUCAUUGCUGAAGUCAUACAGUGUGGAAAAUGUCUCUAGUAUCAUGAAGCACUUUCCCAGCCUGCUGUACUCUGAUGUUUUCUCAACCUCAGAUAACAAGAGCUAUSUUGUAACAUUCAUUUACUGAGUUAUUGAACAUAGUCAGUAGUGAGAGGCAUGGCAACCUGCUAAGACAGUGAUGGGAUGCCUUUAAAUCUGUCUGGAGCUGUUAGGGCCUGUAAGAAAACUCUACAAGGAGGUGUCUGAAGUAAGAGGUUCUUCAGAGUAAUUCAAUGAACUCUUUCUUAAAGAACAAAGUAAAUGUGAAACAACUGUUUUACAAAGCACUGUUAUUUUUUUUGUUUAUAUAAUGGAAGCUGAGAAUUGAAAUCUGCAGAUAAAUUUUGUUUUAAGGUUGUGCUUCAGACACAAGGCAUAACCUUGUAGCUCCCAUUGCAGAAGAACCCAAGCUUCUCAGAGAAUCACUCAGGUUAGAUGGCAGCUCAGCAGGUAAAUUCACAUGGUUGCUUUGCAAGAUGAAAGAUUACACUCAGAUUUAGGAAACAGAGAUAUUGGACGUCCCUCUGUGAAGCAGGUGAGUAUUUCCCUGCAUCUGUCCUUUCCUCCUUAUCUCACACAUAAUCUUUAUUUCCAAAUCAYAGAACAUUUUGGGUUGGAAGGGACCCACRAGCAUCAUCAAGUCUACCUCUUAAAUGAAUGGCCCAUAUGGGGACUGAGCUCACAACCUGGCUGUUAUUAGCACUGAGCCAAUCUCGGCAUCCUCUUCAGUGCAAUCCCAUGCUGACAGCACAACUGCUUCAGGAUCAGACUAAGCAGCUCAGCAGCUGGGUCCUGAAAGCUCUGAAGGAUGGAGCCUGCACAAUCUCAUUGGGSAACCUGCCACACUGCUGUUAUAAACACAUAUUAUAGUGCUGGCUUUSGCAAAUAUUAAAAUGARUGCUAGCUGUUGCUUUUUUGCAUAAGUAGUUUAGUUAURUAGACRCRGUGGUGAAAUAAUCACUAGUGUUUUUAGUUUUUCUUUUGUAACUCAGAUACAGUUAUAAUACAGCUGAUGCUGUUGUUUUAGAGUAYUUGUGGUUAACUUACAAUAACURAAGUGUUAUAGCUUGUAACUUAAACAUUUCCAUAAAAGAUUUUUUUGCACAUUAUAGCAAAACUAUGCAAAAGCUGCAGGGAGAGCCACUAAGGYUCUGAAUGGASCCCUGGCURCAGCUGCACUGACCAAAAAUAUAAGAUAAAGAGAAAAGAAUGCAUGAAAAAAGAAUCGCAGCUUAACACCUCUUAACUACAAACUGUUAAAUCAGCACAGACCUGACAGCAAAAAAACAUGGAGUAGAAGGAAGRGGGGCUUUAAAAUGUAAAGURAAGAGAUCRUUUAGUCAGAGAA